UAGUAGACGUUGCCCGUCUCCUUUUUCCGCUGUUGUUAACUGGAGCUGCAUUUCUACCUCAGAUAAGCAGUAUACGGUAUACUGCCUCCCUGUAUUCGCGUGCAGGAGACUCGGUUUGGCCGAAAAAAAAAAAAAACAGGCGAAAUCUGCAUUCAUCGAUGGCAGAGUGGCGUCAGGGCUGGCGGCUAAGCUGACGCCCACGCAAGAGCGGCAGUGUUGCGCGGAGCGCGCCAUGACGAACGCGUGCUGUUUCUGACCGUCCCACGUUCCUUCGGAGCUCCGGCGGCGUCGAGCGCGCGCGCGACAAAGAUCAUGGCGUACUAUCGUCGCGCCCAGCAAGAACUGGAGGACGACGAUCUGCGGGAAAAGUUGAGCGGAUUUGGCGAAAAGGUCGGCCCGAUCACAGACACUACGCGCGCUUUGUACCAGCGACGGCUGUCGCACCUCCAGCAAAACGGCACCAAGAGCAGCCCCGCCGCGCGAAGGAGUGGCAGUGCCUCGUCACCAACGUACAGAAAUUUGGCGACGCUAAGCUCCGACGACAGCGACUACGACUCCGGCACAGGUCAACGCAGCACGCGCCGCAGGUCUGCGGUGCCGGCGCGUAAAAAGACUCCGACGGCCCCCGAAAAGACGUCGCGCCGUUCGCUGCCCGCGACGCCGCUCGAACGGCCCACCUUGCGGAGUCGCACUGUGCACGUGUCUACUCGCGCUGAUGACUUCUCGGACACGGACAGUGAUCACGCACUGCCCUCGGGGCCGCACUACCAGCUACCGCAACAGUCGUCGCCGCUUUACACUAGAACGACGCAUUACCAGCUGCCCCAGACGACGCCGUCGUCCAACAGCAGCCUUCUGGUACACAAAUCUGACGAGGCCAGUCGGGGCAAUGGCUAUACGGCACUUGCAGAGCCCAAGCCCCGGUACCAGUGGGUCUCGUUUGUACUGGUGCUAGCUGCUGGCCUUUUCUUUGCGUUCCUGGGUGCAGCAUACAUGGGUGUACGCUACCCAUCUCAAUCAGGUCAGCUGCCUUCCGAUGCCAAGGCGCCAGGCAGGCCACGGGCGGAUGCACCUUUUAAUGUCACACUCUGUGAGAACAGCCGUGAGAAACCCUGUAUCUAUGAAAAUGAUGUGCCGGCUGCAUUAGAACUGGCUGGCAGGAUGCAGAAACUUUUGGGCCAGACUGCAGGCAAUUACGAGUGUGGACAGACACCAUACCGCUCUCUCACAGCUGCAUCCUGUCUGGAAUUUCUGCGAGCCAACAGUAUAGAGCCCAUCACUGACACUGCCUUUGGGAGCAGCCUGUUGCUGUUGUUUGAGAACCCUGCCUGGGGAAUCAAGCUCCUCGAUUCUGAUGGGCAGUUGCUGAGCACCUACACUCCAAUCACUGCUGUGUCCGCCCUGGAGGCCAACCGAGCUGUCAAAUCGUUCUGGUGCUGCCUGCGCCUCGCGAUGCACAGCUUUCUCAACCAGAUCAUUAUGGUUGUUUUUGUAAUCGUGACGUUUGCGGCACUCUACAUGUGCGCGGUGUGGUACAAGGCACGGAGGGAUCGCUGGCAGCAGCAGGUCUACAACCUUGCAGAAAAGAUCACAGCUAUUGUGAAGGAGUACGCAGAGCAGCCAACGCAGAGAACUUCCCGCACAAUGCACGGGAGACAGCUUAUCAGCCCUUCCCAACGGAAGCAGCUGAGCAGCCUGUGGCAGAGUGCGGUCACAUUCCUCGAGCGGAACGAAUCCCGCCUGCGCACGGAGCGACAGCACAUCGAGGGAGAGAGCUACCUGGUGUGGCGCUGGUUGGGCACGGCUUCCCCACCACGCUCCAAGGUGUGCAGGGAAAGGCAUUCGAAAGCCAGAGGGGGCCACGGGUGCCCCUCCGGGACGCCUUGCGUGCCAGCCACUUGCCUCAAGAUUCGCCACAUGUUCGACCCUGAAGUGGAGUACGAGGACGACUGGCCCAAGCAGAUUGAGAAUGCAAUACUAGAGAAGUGUGAAGGAAACACAGGCAUCGUACACAUACAUGUGGACACAUCAUCUAGAGAGGGCUGUGUCUAUAUGAAGUGUUCCAGCUUGGAGUCAGCAGGACAAGCAUAUCGUUCCCUGCAUGGCUCUUGGUUUGAUGGGAACCUGAUCACAGUGAAGUACCUGCGGCUGGAGCGAUACCACGAUCGCUUUCCAGAGGCACGAUACUGCCACUCUUCGCUCCGGCCCAGCAACUCGUUAAGGCUUUCAAUGGACAGCAGCCCACCCAACCCCGAGGAGGACACACUCUGAGGCACCUGGUGACUUUUAGGAUGACUGACUAAUUAUCACUCUUGCUUUGUUGCGGGCUUUGGGCACGUGGUCCAGCUCGCCUGAGUUGCACAGAGCACUCAAAAUUUAAGCUUGAUUAUAAUAAUAAAAAAUGAAAAUAAUUAA